AUGAUUUAAUAACCUAAGAAAAUCUUAUAGCUAUUAUCAUUUGAUUAAUUUACAUCUAUAUUAAAAUAUUAAAGCCAACUAAAAAAAUAAUUAAAUUGUUAUAAUUUUAAAGAUUUUCUUAAGCAAAAAUUAAUGACACAUGGUAAUCUUUAUAUUCAAUAUUAGUCCUUUAUUUUGGAGUAGGAGAAUUUGCUCUGUAAAUGUAGACACUAACAUUUGAAAAUUAAAAGUAUUAUAAUUGUUUACCAUUUAGAUUGUAAAGAAUAAUUUUCCCAUAAAAUAAAUAUUCAAAAGAUCCGAACAAAACAUCUAGAAAAGGAGAACAAGAGUUAUGUUUUAUUAAUGUACAAUGUUGUGAGUAAAACACAUUUCUGAUCGACAGUAAAGUAUUACGUUGUAUACAGAUCAAUAUAAUCUCUGGGGCUUUGGAAGUUCAUAGUUUUCACAAUUGGGAUUAUAAUAGUCCUCAGUAGUGAGUCCAGUUAACAUCUCCUAAAUUACUUAAAAUUUAUAUAAAUCUGUGAGUGGUGGGACUGGCUAUGUUGUAGCCUAUUCAACUAAUAAGAAACUGUAUGUUUGGGGAAAUUGGCAUUAGCUAAAUUAUGGGGAAGUCUUAAAACUAUCAGAAAAGUAAGGCUAUUCUGAAUAGAUUGAUUAACAAUAUUAAAUUAGUUGUCUAGAUAUAACCUAUAAUUUUUCAAUAUUAAAGAACAUAGAAAAUGAAAGAAGAUAAAGUUAUUUACCAAAUCAUUAAGCUGAAGUUUUGGCUUUGAAAUGUGUAGGUACAACAACAUAUUUAUUAACUCCUAAUUAAUUAUAUUGUUUGGGCUUAUAAUUACAAUUUCAGGUAUAAUUUGUUGGAAUAGCUUGUGGUAAAAAACAUAUAUUGGCUUGGGAUGAUUAAGGAAAAGUAUGGAGUUGGGGAGAAUUUGCAGAUGGUAAAUUAGGUUAUAUGGACUUUAUAUUGUAAGAUUAGAAGGAACCUAAAUAAAUUGAAAAUAUUACAAGUAAUAUAGUAUCAUGUGCUUGUGGCUUAAAUUAUAGUAUAGCACUUGAUGCAAAAGGGGAUAUAUAUGGAUGGGGUAAAGGACCUUUUAAAAUGGAUUUGUCAAUAGCAGUUACACCUACUAAGUUAUGUCAAAAACAGAGACCUUUUAUUAAGAUAAUGGCUGGAGAUUCUCAUUUUGGAGCCCUUGAUUUAUAAGGGUAACUAUUUGGAUGGGGAAUCAACCAAAAAAAUUGUUUAGGAAAUUUAUAAGAUAGAACUAGGUAUCCUCAACUAUUUGAAUUAAAAAAUAUUAAAGUCAUUGAUGCAGCAAUGGGAUCUACUUCUACAGUUUUAAUUGUUCCAAUUAAUGAAAAUUAUAAAAUACCUAAUUUGAAUAUUGAUCAAUAUACUUCACAUCAAUAAAAAAGAAUUAAAGAGGAAACUGCUUUUAUGAAAGACUUUGCUGAUCGUAAAAAUAGACUUGAUUAAAUCUAAUUUAAGUCACCUACUCAAAAUUAUUGUGAUACUCCAAUUUCAUUUAAAAGUAGUUCAAAUUAUGAAGAAGCAGUUUUCCUACUAAAAAGAAUGAAAAAUUAAGCAGACUCUUUAAAAGAUAAUCAAAGAUUUAAACAUAGUCCUAGUUCAUUACAUUUUACAACUGAUAUUCCUAAUUCAUAAACUUAAAUCACAUAUUAAGAUUAUGAUGAUGUAACAGCUAGAUUAAAGUAAUUAGAAAAUGAGAAUUAUUUGUACAUACCAUUAUGUUAAAGUACAACUCCUAAUACAAAUUAAUAUAUUGAUUAGAAUGAUGAUCAUGAAGAUCUUUUGAAUUAUGAUAACGAUAUGCUUAAACUAUAAUAUAUUCUAAUGGUUAAAUCUUAAGAUGAAUCUAAAUUGUUGAAGAAUUUAUUAAAUGAUCCUAAGAAACAUUAAUAAGAAACUUUAAGUUAAUUUUUUUUGAAAUAAAGAAUUUUAAAAUAUAAAUAGAAUAAUAGAGGUUUGAAUGAUAAAAAGAAAUUUCAUGAUAAGUAUGAUACUUUUGAUCCUUAUUUCUUAACUAAUGUGAAAAGGGAUAUUAAAAUUUUAAAUGAAUAAAGAAAAGAGAUUUUUUGUUUAAAAUAGAAGUAAAGAGAAUAAAUAAAUAGAGAAAUAAGUGAAAAAAUGUAACUAUCAAAAUUACCUUUAUAGAGUAGAGAUGAAAUUAUUAAAUGCAUUUAAAAUAAAGCUCAUGAGAAGGAUUAAAGGUUAAAAUUAGUGUAAUUAAAAAAGAAGGAAAAUUAUGUUGGGAAAAUGAAUCUUAUAUAAUAAUAAAUAUUAGAGAAAACACCUGAAUUCAAAUAUAAAAAAAGAUUAGAUACUAUUAAAACUAAAUAGAACUUAUAAAUAUUAAAUAUGAUUUUAAUAUAUUUAAAUACUGAAAACAUAUGUUAGAUGAUUUAAGAAACAAGUUAACGUGGUUUAGAACUAAAAAGAAUGAUGUUCAAAGAACAUAUGAAAGCAAGAAUAAUUUAAAAUACAAUUAGAAAAAGAAAUGUUAUAAAAAGAAUCAAAUAAAAAUUAGGAUUGAGAUAAAAGAAAAUAUUAUUAUCAUUUAUAUUUAGAUUUAAAAUCAAUUUCAGAAUAAAGUCUAAAUAUGGAUAUCUUAGAAAAAUAAAUUUAUUUCAUCUAAAGAAUUAAUUGAUUGUUAAAGUUGCAAUAAAUCUAAAAACUAUCAUUAUUAAAACAGAAACUAUAUAAAAAUUUUGUAAGUUGUACAAUAAUAUGUUUUAUGUUUAAUUAAGUUAUCUAAAUUAUAAAUGGGAUGAAUAUUUGAAAUAAUGUUUUAAAGGAAAUAUGCCAGAAAAAGAAAGAGAGGAAAUAAAAUAGUAUGAAUUACCAAAUUUGAUUGAGAAAUAAAAUCAUAUUAUAAAAAAAUUAACUGCACCAUUAAAAUUGAAAAAUUGUUUUCUAAACGAAUUAAAAUUUAAAAUAAAACCUGUAUUAAAGGCUACAGAAUUGAAAACCAAUUUAUUGAAAAAAGUAAAGACUAUUGUUUAAAUUGAUGAAGACCUUUAGGAUGUUGAUGUUAAGUGUUCUGAUAGAGUUCUAUUGCCGUAUACUAAAUAUGUUGAAAAUAUAGCAUUAUCUGUAGCAUCUAAGAUUAGAUUUGAUUAUUAAAUGAUGACAUAAUUAGAUGUUCAUGAGAAGGUAUUUAUGGAAGAGUUAAAUGUUAAAUUUGAGAUCUUAAAAGAAUAAUUAGAGAGAUUAAGAAGAGAUCAUUUUCGAUAAAUGAGAGAUGUAAACUAUCAAAUAUAUUUUAAAGUUUUAUGCGAAAUUAAAUGAGUAUAAAGAAAAUCAUAAAUAAUAAAUUAAUAUUGAUAGAGGAAAAGCAAUGAUUAGAUUUAAAGUUGAUGGGCCUGAAUUUAAAAUACUUAAAUAAAAAGAUGAUUAAGAUCUUAAAUUAAUUUUAUCAAAAAGGGAAAUGGCUAGAAAGAAAUAUGGAUAAAAUACAAUUAUAUAUAAAGAUGUUAUAUUUAAUAAAAUUAGAUAACUUCAAUAAGAUCAAUAUCCAUUUCCAAAUUUAAUAAUCAAAUUAUCAGAAAAUAUGUAUGCUGAUAAUAGACCCAAAUUUAGACUAAAACUAAAUCAACAUGAAUGGACAAGAUUAUUCAAUUAAUAUCAAUAAGAACUUAAAUAAAGAUAUACAAUUAUAAUGAAUGAAGCAAGAAAAAAUUUCUCUUAAAAAACUAAGUAAAUUAAAUCAAAAAAAGUUGUUUAGAGAACAAGAGUUCUUAAAACGGAAUCUUGA